AAAAGCGCGAAAAAACUAAAAAUCCAAAAUACUCCAAUUUCAUCUCUUCUAUUUCUCUCUAGGGUUUAAGCGCUCUCUCACUAAGCUCUUUCAAUGGCGAACCCUAAAUCCGUCGAUUCGUCUCUCUGGUGGGAUCCGUUUGACUCUCUUCUCACCGACCUCGAGAAUGCAUCUCUCUCUGAUGACCUUCCUCAACCCAUCGCGAAGAAGUUGGAGGAGAACCACGCGUGGUUCCUUGGAACUCUGUCGAUGUUCAAGCCACCGAGUGAGAAAUCAAAAGAAGCUUUGAAUUCGGAUGUCGUCAAAAUUAAGGAGCACCAGUUGGUGAUAAAGCCCCAAUUGAAAGAUAAAGCCCUUCGAAUCAGCUCUCAUCUGAAUCUAGAUGAAAUCCAAUCAUACAUCCUCGUGGAAAGAUCUAUGGAGCAGGAAUAUGGAACCACUGACUCGGUAGCUCAAGAAUUAGCUCAAGAAUUCAUAGACAUGAUACUGCUUCAGUAUUACAUACAGCGCCAGUGCCUACUAAAGUGUACAAAGCGUAUUCUCAUACAUGCAUUAUAUGCGCCAAGUGAGGAAAGUACAAUUAAGGAAGAAGCUGUAAAGCUGAUCUCAGAUGGGCUUGAAAGACGACAGUCAUCAGUUCUCGAGGACCUGUUUUCCUCUUGUUUUCCACAGAAUAUGGAUGUCAAUCUAUUCGCUUUGUGGGCGGAGGAGACACUAAUUGAGGACAAUUUGAUUUUGGAUAUUCUUUUCCUUAUUUACAAUGAAUCAUUUUGCUCUUGUAAUGGAGAAAGAUGGAGAAAACUGUGUUCUUUCUACAAGGGGAUUCUUUCAGGUUCAUAUAAUUUUAGAAAGCUGGCUGUGUCAGUUGAAGCACAACAUUCUGCAUGUCGAGUUCAAAUUCAGUUGCUGAUGAUUCUUAUAGAAACGUUGGAUAUGGAGAAUCUGUUACAAAUGGUUCACGACGGAGUACCUUUCAGGUCUGGCACUUGUGUCUUUUCCAUUGUUGAUGUCCAAGAGAUGGAUGCAACAAUCUCAAGCCUCAACACUUUUGAAGUAAAAGAAGCAGGACCUCUCGUCCUGGCUUGGGCAGUAUUUCUGUGUCUUAUUUCAUCACUUCCUGGGAAGGAGGAAAGUCCUUUCCUGAUGGAUAUUGAUCACGUGAGCUAUGUUCAUCAAGCUUUUGAGGCAGCAUCCUUGAGCUAUUUCCUUGAAAUCCUUCAAAGUAAUCUAUUGAAUGAUUUUGAUGGACCAAUCUCUGGUCAUCGUAGUGUCGUGAGGACUUUUAUUUCAGCAUUUAUUGCAUCUUAUGAGAUCAAUCUUCAGCUGGAAGAUGGCACCCUCGAGUUGAUACUGGACAUCCUCUGUAAGGUUUAUCAAGGAGAGGAGUCCCUCUGUAGUCAGUUUUGGGAUCGAAAAAGUUUUGUUGAUGGCCCUAUCCGGUGUCUCCUCUUUGAUCUGGAGAGUGAAUUUCCAUUCAGAAGUGCUGAAUUCAUUCGUCUCUUGUCGUCCCUGAGUGAAGGAAGUUGGCCUGCUGAAUGUGUAUUCAACUUUCUGGAUAAAUCAGUCGGGUUUUCAACCUUAUUUGAUAUUACUAGUGACUCUCCAGCGGAUGAGGCCUCUCAACUUGUUGAAACUUCCCGGCCGUUGCAUAUUCCAGGUCUUGAAGGUUUAGUUAUUCCCAGUAAUACUCGUGGGCGAAUUCUGAGAGUAAUCGGUGAAAAUACUGUCCUUGUACGGUGGGAAUAUUCGCUAUCCGGCGUAAUUGUGUUGAUCAUCCGUUUGGCCAAUGGACUCUACAUUGGUAACAAUCGUGAAGCUUUUGUGACUCUGGAGCUACUUCGUCGGAUGGUGACAUUUAACAAGGCCGUAUGUGUCUCCUUACUGAAUAUCAGCCACUUCUUUUAUGUUCACGAAUCUUAUGUGAAUGGGAAGAUGGAAAGUGAUGUGAGGGUGGUUGAUAUAAUUUGCAAUUCAGUCAGAAGCCUGACUUUUGACUCUGACGGUGCAGCUGUGAUGGCAAUGGCUAUUGAUAUCUUAGCUAGACUUCUGCGAUGUUCCCCGUCAAUUGCGCCCAUGGUCUUAAAGGCAAAUAUAUUUGACAUGACUUCAGGUUCAGGCGUCCCUGACAGUGGCUACAAUAUUUCAUUGAGCGGUUCUUGCUCUCUCUCUGGGAAACUUGCAAAGAUGAUCUUGAUUGACUGCGAGAAGAAUGAUACAAGCUGCCCAUUGGUCAUAUCAGUUCUGGAAUUUACCAUGCAACUUGUGGAGGGGGGACUAGAGAAUGAUGUAGUUUUUGCUCUAGUUGUUUUCUCGUUGCAGUAUAUUCUUGCUAGCCAUGAGUAUUGGAAAUACAACAAUGGAAGUAUGCGUUGGAAAGUGACACUAAAGGUCAUUGAGGUGAUGAAAACGUGUCUCAGAUUCAGUAAAUUCUCCACAAAGCUGAGGGAUGUUCUCCUUGAUAUUUUACUGAACGAUGCCUCUGUUCACAGCGCUCUUUUCCGAAUCAUUUGUACGACUACACAAAAUUUAGAGAACCUUUGUUCAAGCCGUUUUAUUGAACCGGCAGAGAUUGAAGGAUGGCAACUUGCUAUAGUCUCUGUUUUGGAUGUUUUGAACGUCACACUCUCCCAAUUUUCUGAGAGUACUCAUUCUGGUCUUCCUGUGUUUCAUCAAGCCAUGCUGUCGUCUACAACAAAACCAAUCUCAGUUGUUGCAGCUAUCACAUCACUGAUUUCUUACUUCCGCAAUCCUAUUAUACAGGUUUAUGCUGCUCAAGUGCUGUCAAAGUUAUUUGCCUUGGCAGAAUCAUCACAGCUCUAUAUAAUAAGCAAUGCAGGCUUUGGUCUAGACAAUAAACAGAUUACAGAUUUAAGAAAUUCGGUUACCCAGAUCAUACUUGAUCUAUCGGGACAAAAUGAAGAUCUUGUCGUUGCCACCUUGAAACUACUAACUGUUGCAGCAAGAUAUCAGCCUGCUCUUUUAGUGGCCAUAUUUGAUUCAGACGAAGACUCAGAUGCUGGCAACUUAAAACAGUCACGCAAAGAUGCCUCCUCAAUUCCUGACUGGGCUUGUAAAUCUCGCUUAUUGCACACUAUCCUGCAAUAUGUAGAGAGAGCAACAGAUUUUGUCGAUAGAUACACAGAUAUAUUACUGGGUUUACUUGAUUUCCUGAAAACCCUUUGGCAAGAGGCUGGCCAAUACGCUAAUAUGCUGGAACCGUUUAAGGCGUCAAAAAAGUUGUGGCAGGAAUUUUCCAACAUUAUAUCACAGGCGUCUAAGAUAAAAGAUUCCACGGUUGGAAGUUUAGGCAAGGAAGAGAUCUCGAAAUUGUUUGUGAAAUAUCAGUGUCAGGCUUCUGUUUUGGAAAUUAUGGCUUGCAACAUGUUUUUGUACAAGAAGUUGCUGUUUGCGGAGUCACUUAAAAAGCCAUGUGUGGAGCCAAAAAAGACGUCAAAUAAUGCAGUAUCUCCACCCAAAUUAACUUGGACAGCUGAUUCAGAUCCCAAGGAUAUUUUUUCAAAAUGGUGUGACGUAUCUGUUUUGGAUGGCCUUAUCCAGUCAGUUUCUUCCUUAGAUGGUGAAAGUGAAAUAAACUUCCAAGCAAAGGUUGCUGCCGUUUUACUUAUUGUGCAUUUGAUUGUGAAACUGGAAACAUCUGGCGCAGGAGCAUUGUCUAUGGUUUUAGUUGAGAAGAUCAAACUCAUAUCAGAAAUUCUUUGUGCCCAACCUGCUUUUUCUGAGUUGUUGGCGCAAUAUUCAAAACUUGGUUAUAGUGGAGGAAAGGAGUUGAUGCCUAUGAUUUUCAGCGAUCUAUACUGUCAUCUACAAGGAAAACUUGAGGGUCGUGAUAUCCCAACUGGUCCAUUCAAAGAGCUUUUCCAGUUUCUUGUUGAGUCGAGCUUUUGGGAGAAAGAUAAACAGGAAACUAAUAAGGAUGUAAAUAUGGCUUUGGAGGACUGUUUGUUUGACACUCAGCAAAUACAGACUGAAUUAGGUUUUGAUAUUUGGGAUUUCUCUGAGUGGAAGACAUCUAAAACAACUGCAGAGGAAAUGUUGACUUACAUGCAGAGAGCAAAUUCGAUGGUUUUACUCUCAACUUCGCAGCUCUCUGUUUUGCAUGCAUUGAUUUCCGUCUUGAUACUUUACGAGGAUAAUUCUCUUGAAGAAAGUGCAGCUGCAGAAAGGAUAAUCCCUUCUCGAGUCACUCUUUCAAGCAUUGAUAUAGUAUGCCGAAAAUUCUUCACCACAGUUGAUUCACUUGCCUCUCUCUGGGAUGCACCCAAGAUUGUGUUUGAUAUUCUUACAGCACAGGCAGACUUGCUAUCCCGCCUCUUGAAAUCCGCAAAGAAAAAUCUUUCAUUAUCUAUAUGUGUACUUGUCCUGAGAAAUGUGGGGCCUAGCCUCAAAAUCCUAGGUAGUUUGAGGUAUUCAAAUGCUAUAUUGAAGAAGACGAUAAACCUCCUGCUUGAGGUGCUGCUCCUGGUUGUGGGUUUUGGUUCAGACAACUCCAACUCGAGUGGGAUGGGACAUAUGGUGCUAGCCCAAGAUUUUGCAGAAAUAUCUGAUGCUACAAUUGGAUUAUUACCCCUUCUCUGCAACUUCAUGGGGAAUCCCGAGUACUUGACUCUCUGCCUGACCACAGUAGACUUGAUUCUCAGAACUUUUUUGACGCCAGAGACAUGGUUCCCUAUUAUACAAAGUCAACUCCGCUUGCAGCAUGUUAUUCUACAGCUUCAGGAUAAGAAAUCCACAGCAUCGCUUUCAGCAAUACUAAAAUUUUUCUUAACUAUUGCUCAAGUUCAUGGUGGUGCUCAGAUGCUUCUAAAUUCUGGAUUUUUCUCGACUUUAAGAGCUUUGUUAAUGGAGUUUCCGGAUGGAAUGUCUACUUUGGUAUCUGACAAUGAAAAGGGCUGUCUGCUAGAAAAGACAGAAAAACCUCAGCAUAUCUGGGGAAUCGGUUUGGCUGUGGUUACUGCCAUGGUUCAUUCUCUAGGAUCUAUUUCUGCAGGGGCUGAUAUUGUGGAGAGUGUCAUAUCUUACUUUUUCUUAGAGAAAGGUUACAUGAUCUCAUACUAUCUCGCUGCACCAGAUUUCCCUUCUGAUGAUCGUGACAAAGUGAGACCACGAAGUCAGCGGACGUGGACUUCCCUUACUUAUCUGAGAGAAACCGAGCAUACUCUCCUUCUGAUGUGUGCAUUAGCUAGCCAUUGGAGAUCAUGGGUUAAAAUUAUGAAGGAUAUGGAUUCUGCAUUAAGAGAAAUGACAAUACAUCUCUUGGCCUUUAUCAGCAAAGGUGCUCAACACCUUAGAGAGUCUCAGAGUUACACAUCUCAUCUGUUAUGCCCUCCAGUAGUAAAAGAAGAGUUUGAUUCCUGCAAAAGACCAUCUUUCAUCAACAGCAAGCACGGAUGGUUUGCCCUAGCACCUUUAGUUUGUGUUGGGAAACCCAAGAUCUCUGCAGUAUCAAUCUCGGCUGCUCUAGUUAUCAGGGGACACACUACAGAACAUCCUGGGUCUGUUCCUCAAUCGCAGUUUUCAGACUCAGUUGCGAUACAGAUAUAUAGAGUGGCUUCUCUAUUGUUGAAAUUUCUGUGUUUACAAGCAGAGGGUGUUGUUACAAGGGCAGAGGAAGUGGGAUAUGUCGAUCUUGCUCAUUUCCCUGAGCUUCCAGAGCCGGAGAUUUUACAUGGUCUACAGGACCAAUUCACGGGAAUAGUUGCUGAGCUUUGUGAUAAUUACAGAUCCAAAGAGGUUCCAGAUGAAGUAAAGAAGUUGUGCCUUUUGCUGAUCCAAACGACAGAGAUGUCGUUAUACUUGGAACUCUGUGUUGUUCAGGUUUGCAGGAUCCAUCCUGUAUUUGGGCGUGUGGAUAACUUCUCCAAAGACUUGAAAAAGCUAGUGAAAGCUGCUGAAGUGCAUGCGUACUUAGAAACGUCCAUGGAUUCACUGAAGAAAAUAGCUGUGUUUCUGUAUCCCGGAUCGCUUUAGGAACGAAACUAACAUGUGGACCGGGCUUGAAUGUGGUACGUAUGUUUUAGAUUUCUUCCUUCAUGAGUGAUUAAACCGGCUAUUGUUAGUAUUCUCUUUCUUUCAAAUCAUAGCUUUAAAAAAUGUUCGGCUCAUGGUGUCCACUCCAUUUGGGUUUUUAGUUGCUUUACCUCUCAACAAAUUCUUUUGAUUGGUUCUCUCUCA